GUCACGUCUCCCUUGAGCCCUGAGCCACUGGCUUUUCAGAGCCUCACCAGGAGCCGGCAGCCUCAGUCCCAGACCGCGCGGACUCUGGGCUCCUCUGCCGCCGGCCUCGCCCAUGUCUCAGUACGACCCCAGCGCGGACUUCAAGAGGGCUCUGGAUAGCAGUCCAGAGGCCAACACCGAGGAUGACAAGACCGAGGAGGACGUGCCCAUGCCCAAGAACUACUUGUGGCUCGCCAUCGUCUCGUGUUUUUGCCCCGCGUACCCCAUCAACAUCGUGGCUUUCGUCUUCUCCAUUAUGUCUCUGAACAGCUACAACGAGGGAGACAUCGAGGGAUCCAAGCGGCUCGGGAGGAAUGCCAAGUGGGUGGCCAUCGCCUCCAUCAUUAUCGGCCUUCUCAUCAUCGGUAUUUCUUGCGCAGUUCAUUUCACAAGGAAAGCCUGAGAAGUCAGCAGUCUACUGCGAGCACGGAGGACAGACCUCAUCCACACACACACCCACAGGAGUUUCCAAGGAAUGGACCCUUGACUUCAAGACUGUGAGAUCUCCUCCUCCAGCAAUUUCCAGAGGCAGGUCCCUGGCAAAUGAACUUUGAAAAAAAGAAAAAGAAAAAGGAAAAAAUCUCCAAAAUGAAGGAAAACCAAGUAGUACUGCUAGAACAGCCAGUCAUUGAUUAGAAAAAGAAAAGAAAAACUCAAGUCUCACUCUCUGAGUUUAGUGAAAGCCUCUGUGUCCAUUCCUCUCUGCAGAGAUGAGCCUCGGGAAAUCUCAGUAUUCUAAUGGGGGGGGGGGGCACAGGGGGUCCAGAUCUGGCGGGAGGCAGGAGGUCCUAGGAAGAACAACGGGUACCGGUGUCUGCGAAGUCGGGCACAAACACUUGCAGCAUGUUUCAAGUUGUCCGACAGAGUGGAAUCUGUGCUUUUGUUUUUCCUUUUAUUUUUGCCUGUUGGAUCUAGUGGGUCCUCCUCCCCAUCAGCUGCUCCCCGCCACAACCCCCAGAGUUCAAUCGCUCCCCAAAGAAACCAAGGAAAGGGCUUUUUGGCCUUUUGUCCUGACCUCGAUCUUCCUACAGUCCCCUCCCUUGCUUGCAUCCACCUCUGUUCCCUCACUUCACUUAAAGAUUCUGUGAAUGUACUUCAUGGUCAAUUCUAGGUAUAGGAAAACCUUUCCCUUUCCCAGUUUUGGGAAUAAACUGGCUGUGUUUUAGGAAUGUGCUUUUUUCAAUCUCUUUCUCUCUCUCUCUCUUUUUAACAAGUCUCAAACACGAUCUUUGAUUUUCCCGGAUGCCAACCUGGAAAUGCCAUGCACUGUAUUUCCUUUUUGUCAAAGGUAACCCCUUCAGGUGUGAUCGUACUGGUUUAAUGAUGCCAUUAUUCUGCCCGCCAAAACACGCCAACCCAGAGUUUCACAGAACGCAAGGCAUAUAGCUAGUGGUACUCAAGAUAAUUUUCAAGACAGUUCUAAGACCCAACAUUAAGUGAUACCAAUUGCAAAGUAUGUUUCCCCUUUCCUAGUCUUGUCCAAUGCUGAUUACACCAAAGAGAAAACUUCCAUUUAGUGCUCGUGGGUCCUCAACACCUUUCCAUGACUUUAGCUCUUUUCCCUUCUUCAUAAAGAAAGAGCAGGCCUCAGGUUCAAAGUCGAGAUAGAACUUAAGAACAUAGUCGUGUUUUCGUUGUAUUUCUUUUAUUAAUCGCCUUCUAUUUACCGUUUCCCCAUAGGGAUGGGAUCUGUUGUUUCUGUUCAAAUACACUUACUUAAGGAAAAUAAGUGUACUCAAAGAAUAUAUCAAGGAGUUAACACAACGGGUGAUAUGUAUACAUGGCAAAAAUAACUUCAAGAACUCAUAUAGAAACACAGUGGUAAUGAACUUUCCUAAGCAAGAAAAUGGCAGCUUAUUCUAAGGAAUAAACAGAGGCUGAGAAAACACUUGCAUCUCGAUGCCUUUUUGCCACUAACUUGCUAUGUAAGCUGAUUUUAGGCAAGUUUCUUAGCCUCUCUGUGCCUCGAGUUUCUUCACCUGGAAAUGGACAUAAAAACACCUGCCUACAUACCUCAGAGCGUUGUUACGAGAAUGAAUCAUCGUCAUCGAUGGGAAUGCCCCUGGAGGGAGAUUCUAAGUGCUAUCCAAAUACAAAGCAUUGUUCUUAGAUUACUAUAAAUCUCAGGCUGUUUGUUAAAACCCUGGACCCUAGCAAAACAAUCAACGUUGAUGGAUGUCAGAUACCGUCUGUCCCUUCACCUGGAUGUCUGCCAUGAGCCAGCACUUGUCCCAGGAGGAAAUGGAAUCAGGGCCAUGAAUCUCUCAGCACGCAGGGACCCCAGCCUCAUUCCAGUGUAUUGGGUCCUGAUUUGUUUCAGACACCUCGGUUCUUGUCUGUUUGUGUUUGGGUCCCUGAUCUUUUACCCAACUCAAAUGAGAAGCGUUGCUGAGAGGCAGAAUAAAAAUGG